CAUGCAUCAUUACAUUAUAGUACAACACCACAUCCCAUGUUAAUGUUACCAUCCCUACAAGUAGCAUUAAUAAAUCAAAUAAAAUAACAGUUUCCUGUUCCACCAUUCAUAACUUCUCUUACUACUUACUAGUAUAUAACACAACUCUGUAACCAGUCACAGCAAACCACUAAAGCACACCAAAGAAACCCGCCACCGCCACCGCCACCGCCACCGCCACCGCCACCAACAACAACAGCAACCCUAAAAAAGGAAAACAAGAAACCCUUUCUUGGUUUCUAACAAUGUCUCCACCGCUCACAAAACCAACAACAACAAGCUCGAUCUUUUUUCACUCAAAACCGCCACCACCUCUCUGCACUUUCCUUCUCUUGACAGCCCUUUGCCUUAUUGGUUUCUUUUACACUCUCCACCACUCUCAAAAUCCCAAGACUACCCUCCAGCACACCGCCACCCUUUUCCUCUCUUACUCCUCUAACUCCACCAUCUCCUCCUACCUUCAUUCCCUCACUCUCCACCCUCACCUCGCUGGCACCAAACCUUCUCUUGAGACCGUCAACUAUGUCUUCUCCCAUUUCAAGAACCUCAAGUUAGAAACACACAAGAAAGAAUACCAAGUUUUGCUCUCUUACCCUAUAAAAUCUUCACUCUCCGCGCAUUUUAGCAACGGGAGUGUUGUAGAUUUUAAUAUUAGUGAGGUUGUUGAUCUUGCUGAAUCAGAUAAAAUUGUUUCCCCGUACCAUGCGUAUUCGCCGUCUGGUACGGUGCACGCUAAGGUUGUCUUUGUAAAUUAUGGCCGUGAAGUGGACUAUAAUGCGCUUGAGGCUUUAGGAGUGAACGUUAGUGGAUGUGUUGUUUUGGCAAGGAAAGGUGAGGGUUUAAGUAGGGGUGGAGUGGUUAAAAUAGCUGAAUCUAAAGGUGCUUUGGCUGUUCUGUUGUACGCCGAGGAGGGCAGGGUAAGUGGGGGUGUGGAGAGAGGGACUGUGAUGAGGGGUGUAGGAGACCCACUUAGUCCAGGGUGGGCUGGGGUUGACGGAGGGGAGAGACUGGGGUUAGAGGACAGUGAAGUACUUGAGAGGUUUCCUAAAAUUCCAUCUCUGCCCUUGUCUUUUGGGAAUGCUGACGUCAUCUUGGGGUCGCUUGGUGGCCGUACCGUGCCUCCGGAGUGGAGGGAUUCUGGUGGAAGGUCUAGGGUCUUACGGGUCGGCCCAGGGCCGGCUAAGGUCAACUUCACUUACCAGGGGGAGAAAAAGAUGGUGACAAUCCACAAUGUUUUUGCUGUCAUAAGGGGGUCAGAAGAGCCUGAUCGUUAUGUGAUCCUUGGUAAUCACAGAGAUGCAUGGACAUAUGGAGCUGUUGAUCCCAAUAGUGGUACUGCUGCAUUACUAGACAUUGCUCGGCGAUAUGCUCGUUUGAUGCAGAAGGGGUGGAACCCUCGAAGAACUAUAAUCCUUGGUAGUUGGGAUGCAGAAGAGUUCGGGAUGGUAGGGUCUACCGAGUGGGUUGAACAAAACCUUGUCAAUUUGGGUGCGAAAGCAGUGGCGUAUCUUAAUGUAGAUUGUGCAGUUCAAGGCCCAGGAUUUUUUGCCAGUGCAACUCCCCAGCUAGAUAAUCUUCUUAUUGAGGUUACUAAAAAGGUCAAGGAUCCUGAAGCAGAGGGUGCAACUGUAUAUGAGAAAUGGGCAGCCAGAAACCAAGUCAAUGCAAUUCAAAGACUCGGUGGAGUGGAUUCUGAUUUUGCUCCAUUUCUGCAACAUGCAGGGAUUCCUUCUAUUGAUAUCUAUUAUGGAAGAGAUUUCCCUGUCUAUCACACUGCUUUUGACUCCUAUGGGUGGAUGAAAAAAUAUGCGGACCCGUUAUUUCAUCGUCAUGUGGCUGUUGCUGGAAUUUGGGGACUUCUAGCCCUUCACCUGGCUGAUGAGUCUAUUCUCCCAUUUGAUUACAUCUCUUAUGUGGAGCAGUUACAGGGGCAUACAGUUGUCUUGGGCAAACUAUUGGACAGGAACGUAUCUCUUCAUCCUUUAGUUACUUCAAUUCAAGAACUUGCCUCUGCUGCAAAAGAAGUGGAGUAUGAAGUAAAGCAAUUGAGAGAACAAGAGAGGAGGGGGGAUUUUAUAGAUUUGAAGUUGCGAGCAUUGAAUGAUCGGCUGAUGCUUGCUGAAAGAGGCUUCCUGGAUGUAGAAGGGCUUCAAGGAAGGCAAUGGUUUAAGCAUCUUAUUUAUGGGCCUCCGAGUGACUACGAAAGUAAACUGGAUUUCUUCCCUGGAAUAGCAAAUGCUCUCUCUCAAUCCACUAGCAAAAGCCAACAAAAUAGGCAAGCAGCAGUUCAGCAUGAGAUAUGGAGAGUUGGCAGAGCCAUUGAAAGGGCUGCUAGUGCUCUUAAAGGGAAUCUCACCUGAAUCAAGCAGAAAACAUGCAUCGACAUGAGGCCGUCAACUUGUAUAUAAGAGUGGUCAACUUGUCAUAGAUUUUAACUUUACUCGAGAUGCAUAAGGUUAACUCUUGUGAAUGCGAAUUUAAAAUCCAUGCUGUAAAAUUUUGGCUCAUCCACAGCAAGCAAAGCUAUUAUCAAGAA